GCUCCACAAUCAACAACCAACAGCCAGCAGCUGGCAAGACUGCCAGAAGUCUAUCCCGCGUUCCUUUCUAUGCCCCUCGUUUCCACUCUUCCUCUUUCCUCCUUUCUACCGUGCACUGGAGUUUGUGCCACGCCCGCCACUUCUCAUCUCCCUCAUCCUGCACCCCUCUACAUCCGUGGGCCUCACGGGGGGUACAGGACCGUACCCUUUCCCUAGAGCUAAAAAAGUUUCACCCACUCACUGAUCGUCUCUUGCCCCCCCCCCUCCCUCGACACACCCCACACACACCCGCACAUACCCACCCAGACGCACCCACACGCUCCCUCCCAUCCUUCUCCUUCUCCCUUUCCUUUUUCCUAUCACUAUGACACCUAAACCUAAGAGGCCUCACUCACCAGACGAAGACAGCCUCGACAAGCCAUCUUUACCCCCUUCCUCGGGUGUUACACGGGGAAGCUCAAAAGCUAGAAAACGAUCCAAGAUGGAUGGUGCAUCGGUAUGGAUAAUUAGCGGAUACUGGUAGCUCACUUAACUCCCAAGACCCCGCUAACGUUUCACUCCAGGCAUCCGGGAAAAACAAAAGCCUCCCGCAGGUUCAAACCGAUACCCAGAAUUUUGGCGCCGGAACCUCAAGCUCACACGAGAAGAACGCCUAUAAGAUGAAUUCUGUGCGUUGCAUUUUUCUUAUCACCGUUUCUUUUUUUCCUUUUUCCUUUUUUCCCUUUUUCCCCUCUCCCCGUGUCCAUUGGGCCAUGAUAGGCCAUGAUAAGCUUCGCACGGAGCUUUCUGGCGAGCUUAGUUAUACCCUUCUUGCGCAGAACCAUUCUAAUGACGCAAUCAUAGAAGCGUGCAUCUUCUUCCUUUAGCUCGGGACCUUCUAGCAGGAUCAGUAGCGAGAUCACCUCCCCAGAAGAUACUGGGAACCCAUCCGAGGUGGACGUGGACAAGUUGCGUAAUUGGUGGACUACACUACACCCGAAAGGUCGAUGCUGCAGUCAAUGCAACAAUGAGCUCCACUUCGAAUCCGUCACUACCGACACGCUCAGAAACCAGCUUGAUUCCAUGUACAGGAUUAAGAACGCUGUCCGGAAUGCCGAAAAGGUUGAGAAGCACCGUAAGGAGUUUGAGGAAAAGUCGAGGGAAGAAAGCAUAUCGCGGUUAGCAAAAUGGGGCAGGGUUAGGAGGCUUGCCACCGGUAAUGGCCCAUCCACAAGCAAAACCGAUCUCGAAAUGGACAAAGAGAACAUUGAGGACGAGGAGAAGGGGAAGGAGAAGGAGAAGGAGAAUGGGAAUGCCCAAGAUGGCAAGAGUGGGAAGGAUGCCAAGGGAAAAGGUAAGGAGAGAGAAGAUAAGCCAAACGCGAAGAGGAUCAGUCAAAUAUUCGGUACCGAGUGCUGCCCAAAAUGUCGGACUUAUCUCUGCAUUGCUUGUCUCAAACCUGCCCAGUCGGAGUCGGAUCAAAAAUGGGAGGACCGGAAUGGCGCGAAGAAUCCCGAUGGAAACGACACUUCGCCGAGGACAUCUGAACGCAGCUUCCGAGAUGACAAGCGGCCAUGGUGUUGUAGUGACGGCAGGCUGGUUGCCAUAUUGUUAUGCUUAGGGAUUGUUGACGAGGAGUUCCUCGGACUAAGUGCUAGUGGGAACUCCCUCUCUUCUAGCUCAAUCGGGAGAGGGAUCAAAGGAACUCUCAGGCGUAGCCUCCGAUCUCUUAAGGACAAAAUCACGGACGGCGCACACCCUACAAAGGCCCCGGUAUCAAGGCCCGAACGAAAGACUAGGGCCAAGGGAACCAAAGACAAGGGAACUGGUUACGGGUCCGGGACAUAUACUGCGUCUAUGUUCGGCUUUGACACCAGUGACAGCAUGGAUUGGGACUUUCCGGAAGAUGAAUCUGAUUUUGACGACGGCCCGUUGAUGUUUAGUGAUCUUGAAUUUCCAGUCACAGACUCUGGGAUAGGAAAGUUAUCGGAGAAGAUUGCUGCGCAAGUGGCCGCUCUGAGUGGGCCCCCCACGGCCUCCACAAAGUCCGUCGGGGCUACCCAUAACUCACAGGCCCAGUCCGAGCCAACCCCCGCUCCAAAGAUAAAGCCUCCCCCCGGCCUGUCAACGCCUGAGGGUUUGCCUCUCGCUUCUGCCUUGCCUCAACUCCCCCCAAAUCUGCAAUUCCAGCCUCUUCCUGGCCCAUCAACGGCUGAAGGUCUAUCUAUCGCUUCUACCCUGCUGCAGUUUCCCUCAGAAUAUCCAUUCAAGCCUUCCCGCGGGUUUCCGGUAGUUAACGGUUUGCCCCUAGAUCCCCCCCCACCAUAUAGUCCCUCAAGCGCGGCGAGCAAAGAGCCUGCCAACCCAGGAUCGUCCCAAAUGCCGAUGGUGUAUCCUUACCAUGGAUUUGGACUUGGGAGGGGAACGAACCCUUUGGGUAAUUUGUCAUACAGUCUUCCUCACGCCCCUCCCCACCCAGCCAUUAAGACACCAAUAGCCUCCGGGCACCAAUACCACCCCUCCUUCUUCCAAAACCCGGUUAAACCUUUGGCCAACUCUCCUAGUGGCCCUAGCUCGGCCCAAGACCCAUUGCCAAAUUCCGUAGUAGAGGGUAUGCCAGGUCUCCCAAUCCUCCCGGGUGCCACCGGUCCGCCCCUUUCGGCAUCAGAUAUGAUGCAACAUAUAAAAACCUAUGUGGCCCAGCACCCGGAGGCUGCAGUAUCACCGCUAGGCUAUAUUCCAGCCUACAUUCCAGCCAGUUCAGAUCCUGAUCAUGCUAACGCGCUUUUCGAAGCGGUAGGGGCACCAUCUGGCUUUACCGAUGAUGGGGCCGGCGUGGCACACCUUUGGCCUGGACCCCCCGAAGCAUUUCAGCCCCGUUCGGCCCUCAAAAAUCAGGCUUUGCCAGCGCACCCCCCGUUAUCAUCAAAGCAGAUCAUGCACGACAAGACGCUUUAUGCGGUUAUCCGGACGCUGAUUAGGCUUCUUUCUGAUUCCGGGACGGAGAAUGAGUUACAAUACGUGAUGUCUGAUGUUACUCUGAGCAUGUUGAGAGCAAGUAUGUUGGCUGAAAAGGUCGAGGAACUCUUACGAAAUGAUUCCAUCCAAGAUAUUUCGAUUCAUAGUGAGGUGUAUCUGGCUCUGGUUACCCUAUUGAAUCGUCUAUCAGACAGCCCGAACCUUGAAUUUCUGAUACUGGAGAAUCGUCGUUCCAAGCUUUUCACAAGCGGCAUCAUGAAAAUUACUCAAAGCAAGCCGGUCAUCGAUUUGUUAACCGAGAUCGGCCCGAAAACCAGGGGAAAGGCUGCAGCGGCGGUUGAAGAGAGGAAACGCGCAGAAGUCUUGAUGUAUGAGGAUGGGUUUAGCAGGCACAGCAUGGUUCAAGUUAUGUCGAAACUGAGCACUCAAGCCAAGGUCUUCCUUAAAUGUGUGGGUAAGACAAAGGGGGACGAGUUUGAGGGAACAGAAGCGGCAAAAACUCUCAAAAUUUGCGUGGAAAUCGUGGCUAUCGGGGAAAAGUUCCUUAACCUUGCAUCCCGUAAUGCGAACAAUAAAAAUAGAUCAUCUUUCGUUUCCUCCACGAGCAUUGAGGCGCCCCCACAGAUGAGAGCCCCGCCCACGGCUCCUGUCUUGGACCUAGGAUACCAUGAUGGGAUGGCAUUUGAGUAUAUCGAGGGUGUCCUUUCAACACACUAUUGGAAUUUGCAGGCAAGUAGCCUAGCUACUAGUCCGAGGGGCCGGGUUCUACACCUAAGCAGAGAGAUGGCCACAAUGAGUACUAGCCUCCCACAAGGGGUUUUUGUCAGGGUUGAAGAUGGCAGGCCAGACGUCAUGAAAGCCAUGAUUGUUGGUCCCUGCGAGACGCCGUAUGAGGGUGGGCUUUACGAGUAAGUGAUUCCGUUGAGUCAGUUGAGUUGAAAUGCUAAUCGAAAAGAUUUGACAUCUGGGCUCCUGCGAAUUACCCGAGCGGUCCACCAAUGUGCCAAUUCAAGACCACCGGCAAUGGGACUGUUCACUUUAACCCAAAUUUAUACAACUGCGGAAAAGGUAGAUUCCGAGUGAUAGAUUCUUGAGCAAAUAACUAACCGAUGACUUUCAGUGUGCCUCUCCAUCCUCAAUACUUGGUCUGGCGCUUCUUCGGAGCGUUGGCAGCCGGGAACUUCCACCUUGCUCCAGGUUUUUGUCUCUAUCCAAUCCAUGAUACUUUGCGCGAGUCCUUGGUACAAUGAACCCGGGCGGCGUGAAGGGACCCGGAAAAAGGAUGCCGAAGAGUUCAAUAGCAGAGUCCGUGUCAACAGUGUCAAAUGGGCAAUGCUUGAUUGGCUCAGGGACUCUUCCAAGAGGAAUGGCAUCUGGAAGGUAUGUCAAUACCAUUACUGGGUGCUUACCGGAUGCUGACAGGUAUACAGGACGUGAUUGAAGCACAUUUCAAGACCAACCAAGGGUAUCUACUCGAUCUCGUCAGAGAAUGGGCCAAGAAAGAUCCCAGAUUGACCAAUUCCAAAGCCAAUGUGGGGAGCAAUAAGUGGAACUCAUAUGAAGAUGCUUCUGGAAUCGCGCAAAACUAUGUGUCGGCACUGGAGGAGGAAUUUGCAAAGAUAUAAUCGGGAGAUAUCGUCGUUGUUAGAUCGAGGGAAACUAUUCUACCGAGGGGUUGCAAUACCUUUUCUCUUUCAUCCUCAUUUCCUUUGUCCACUUUCCCUUAAUACUCUAUCCACCCUUUUCUAUUGCGCAUAAGGGCCAUUUCUUGGGAUUACUGAAUGGAUUGUUUGGCGAUGGGCUAUCGCAGCAGGUAUUGAAGUAUUUUUCUAGCGUGCGCGGGAAUCUGUUUUCUCUUUCAUAGAAGUACGGAAUGGAUAGCAUUGGGGCGAUUCUCUCCUCUCCAUUUUCACAAUACCGUGCCUUGGUAUCUCUCUGGUUUCUUUUUCCUUCCUCUCCUUUUCUCCUGCUCUUCACCUGUCCUCCCUCUCGAUUGCAGCGGUACCGAUUUUUUUGAUUUUUUUUGAUUUCCUUCUGUGUGUGUUUUCUCAUCUUCUCCUAUCUUACAUGGAUGACUGCCGCUACAAGUAGCCAUAGGCCGUGUAACAAUUCAAGGGACGGCUCAGUACGGCCCGAUACCAGUCGGUAACGCUACCAUGGCACGAUGUUUCUGCGUAUAGUGAACAAAAUACACAUUCAAUUGAAGCUUC